AAAUACAGGUUUCAUGUGUGUCCUGGUCUUCACUAAUAGUUUUAAGAAUUCACUGAGUAUACAUGGUGUAAUUUUUAACAGAAAUUUUUAACAGUUUUGUUAUAACCUCCUGGUAUGCAAUAGAUCUAAAUGUGAAUAGAGUGUUAAUCAGUGUUAGUUAUUAUAAUCAUUUUGUGUGUUCACUGGCCAGCCUUCAUUAAAUCAUUUGACAUAAAAUUGGUUUGCACUGAGAUAAUGCCUGAUAACUGUUAUUUUAAUCUUUGUUCCAGGAAAAAAAAAAAAAGUCAUACCUUCAGUAUGGCACCCAUUUUAGAUUGGAAGAAGCUCAUGAAAGUUGAUCCAGAUACUCUGCCUCAUGAAGAGGAACUAGCAGAUAGAUUGCUGGAUAUCACGUUCAAGGUUGACGGGAAAGACUUAAAAACUGAAACUCCAGAAAAAGUGAUACACCUUUUUAAAAUUACUCAAUCGCUACUGAAGAUGAAAACUCAAGAGGUAGAACUGGCACUAGAAGAAGUUGAAAAAGCUGGGGAAGAGCAAGCCAAAUGUGAGAAUAAUUUUAAAACCAAGCUGAUGAAACUUCAAAAAGAACUAGAGAUGGCACAAAAAUCUGCUGGUGGUCGUGAUACUCGUUUUUUGCGUGAUGAGAUCCGCCAACUGGAAAAACAAUUGGAACAGAAAGAGAGGCAGUUAACAGAUACAGAAAAAGAGUUGGAAAAAGAGAAGAAAGUGAAUGAACAGCUUGCUCUUCGAAUUGAAGAUGCUGAAAAUGAAAACAUCAGAUUCAAAAGAGAGAAAAAGCGCAUAAAGAAAAAGAAUGAACAAUUGCGUCAGGAUGUGGUUGACUAUCAGAGGCAAAUAGAUUCUCAAAAAGAAGCAAUUCCAUUACGAAGAGGAGAGGUUUCUGAUUACACAUCACAGCUGUCCAAAAGAAGCUCUGAGCUUGUCCAAUAUUUGGAUGAAAUUCAGAAUUUGACUGAAGCUAAUGAGAAGUUAGAGAUUCAAAACCAAGAAAUGAGGAAAAACCUUGAGGAAUCAGUGCAAGAAAUGGAGAAGAUGACUGAUGAAUAUAGCAAAAUGAAACUAAUUGUUCAACAGUCUGAUAUUAUUAUGGAUGAGUUAAGAAAAGAGAAAGAUCGGUACAAAUUCCAAGUUCAGGAUCUUUCAGACCAGCUGAAAGCAAAGAAUGAGGAAGAUGAUCCGCUCAUGGCAGCUGUAAAUGAAAAAGUUGAAGAAUGGAAGAAAAUCUUAGCUUCAAAAGAUGAUGAAAUCCUAGAGUAUCAGCAAAUGCUAUUUAACUUGGAAGAGAAAAUGAAAAUGGUCCAACUUGAUGUAGACAGAAACAGUAUACUGUCCCUUCAGCAGGGUGUGCAAGAGCGAGAUGCUCAGAUAAGAUUGCUCACUGAGCAAGUUGAACAAUAUACCAAAGAAAUGGAGAAAAAUGCAUUCAUUAUUGAGAAAUUAAAAUAUGAUCUCCAAAAAGAUAAAGGUCACUCAUCUCUUCCUCAGCAGAACCAAACUGGCGAUAUGCAAGAAAAGUUAAAAGUGCUAGAAGAGAGAACUAUGGAGGCGGAGAAAUCAGCAGAACUGGCAGAAGCACAUGCUAGAGAAAAAGACAAAGAGCUUGUUGAGACAUUGAAAAGAAUGAGAGACUAUGAACUGGGAAUAUAUGGUUUGGAAGAAGCUGUUGCUGAAAUCAAAGAUUUAAGAAAGCAAGUCAAAAUACGAGAACAUGAGAUUGAGUCAUUAAUUAAGGAAGUCAAUAAACUUGAACUUAAAAUAAAUGACUUUCUUGAUGAAAAUGAAGAACUCAGAGAGCGCUUAGGUCUUGAGCCAAAGGCAAUGAUUGAUUUAAAUGAAUUCAGAAACAGCAAAGCACUGAAGCAGCAGCAAUUUAGAGCUGAAAACCAGAUUCUUUUGCAAGAGAUUGAAAGACUAGAAGAGGAAAGAAUUGAACUGAAAAAACACAUUCGUAAGUUGGCUCAGGAGAAAGGAAGAAGAGUUGCAACAACAGGAUUGGAUGCUGAUAAUAUGCAGAUGACUGAUAGCUUUACUGAAGAGAAGGGAAAGAAUAUGAGGAAGCUGGAUUUCUUGAGCAGACAUGACAUAGCUGAAAUGGAAGCAAAGAAUGAAUAUCUUGCAACUGAAUUACGUGAGAGAGAGAGGGAUUUGGAGAAGAACAGGACUGUAAUGGCCAAGUUUCAAUCUAAAUUGAAAGAGUUAUCAGAAGAGAAUAAACAUCUUGAACAAGGAAUGAAAGAAAUAUUGCAAGCCAUCAAGGAAAUGCAGAAGGAUUCUAGUAUGAAGGGAGGAGAAACAGCCUUAAUAAUCCCUAGUCUGGAUCGCUUAGUUCAUGCAAUGGAGUCUAAGAAUUCAGAUGGUAUAUUUGAUGCUAGUGUGCACUUAAAAGCCCAGGUUGACCAGCUUACAGGACGAAAUGAGGAAUUGAGACAGGAGCUAAAAGAGACUCACAAGGAGGCAACAAGUUUGUCUAAUCAGCUGGCAAGUGCCAAUGAGAAGAUUGAACAAAUGAAAAAUGAAAUUUGCUUACUACAUCAGUCAGAAGGUGCCAAUAUUGUCUUCCAAACAGUGAAUCUCCCAGAAGGAAUGGCUCCUUCAAGUGUUAAUACAAUUAAUUCUCUGAAUGAAUAUUUAAUACAUCUUACACAGGAACUGGAAAACAAAGAAAAGUUACUUAAACAGUUAGAAGAUGCAGUAGAGGACUACAAGCGAAAAUUUGCAGUAAUUCGUCAUCAACAAGGCUUGCUGUAUAAAGAAUAUCAAAGUCAAAAGGAAAGCUGGCAAAAAGAAUCUGAAAAUACUAAAGAGGAAAUAAAAAAACUAGAAGAGCAAAAAGAACAAGAUGCUAUGAAAAUAAAGGCAUAUUCUAAUUUACUCGAUGCACUUCAGAUGGAUCCCGAUGAAACAAAGAAACUACUUGCAGAAAAUAAUAGAAAAAUAACUGUUUUACGAGUUAAUGAAAAAUCACUAACAAGGCAGUGCACCACUUUACUUGAAAUGGAACAGCACCUCAGAAAAGAAAAUGAGAAACUAAAGGGUGAAAUAGCACAUAUGGAGACUGCAGUUACAGGGAAGAUUGGAAACUUGCAACGAUUCAAGGAAAUGGCUUGCUUUAAGAUUGCAGCUCUGCAAAAAGUGCUGGAUGGUAGUGUGCCAUUGUCUGAGCUAGAGGUAGCCAAUAAGCAGUACAAUGCAUUAACUGCUAAAUACAGAGAGAUGUUACAAAAAGAUAAUUUACUUGUGCAACGGACAACAAACAUGGAACACAUGGAGCGUGAGAAUGAAUCCUUGAAAGCACAGAUAAAUUCAUUGAAUAAGGAACUGGAGAUCACGAAAGAAAAACUUCACACGGUAGAACAAGCUUGGGAGCAGAUGACUGAACUGGGGGGUGACAAUGCCAUGGACAAAGCCACAAAAGCAAUAACCAACAGUGAAAUUUUGUCCAUUUCUAAGAAAAUCACAAUGUUGGAAAUGAAGGAACUAAACGAAAGACAGAGAGCAGAACAUUCACAACGAAUGUAUGAACAUUUAAGGUGCACUGUAAAGCAAAUAGAAGAACGUAAUUUUGAACUGGAAACAAAAUUUGCUGAGCUCACCAAAAUCAAUCUUGAGGCACAGAAAGUGGAACAGGAAUUAAGAGAUGAACUGUCAAAGAGUGUAAGUAAGGCAGUAAGUGAUGCAGAUAGACGACAAAUUAUGGACCUAGAGAAGCGUGAGAUGGAGCUCAAGAUUGAAGUAUCAAAGUUAAGAGAACUCUCUGAUGUAGCACAAACACAAGUUGAAGCUCUGGAGGCACGCCAGCAAUACAGAGAUAAAGAAGUGGAAUAUCUUAGAAUGCAAAUUUUAGAUUAUCAGGCACAGUCAGAUGACAAAGCAAUUAUUGCAAAACUGCAUCAAGAUAUCAUAGCCAUUCAAGGUAGUGAAUCUGUUGCUGUAAGCAAAUUGGAGAAGUUUAAAUUGAAACUACAGAAGAUGGAGAUCCAUAAUCUACGUUUAGAGCAGAAGCUUGAUGAGAGAGAUCAAGCCUUAUAUUUUGCCCGACUUGAAGGAAGAAACAGAGCCAAACAUCUGCAACAGACGGUUCAGUCUUUGCGGCGACAAUUUAGUGGUGCUCUGCCUCUAGCACAGCAAGAGAAGUUCUCUAAAACAAUGAUUCAGCUACAGAAUGACAAACUGAAGAUCUUGGAAGAAGUUCAGCAUGCCCAGCAGGAGCGCCGAAAUGCGGAAAACAGAGCAUCAGAGCUGGAGUUGAAACUGAAAAGUUUAGAAGAAUUAGUAGGUGCGUUGAAGGAUACAAGAGGAGCUCAAAAGGUAAUUGAAUGGCACAUGAAAAUGGAGGAACUCCAUCUGCAGGAACUUAAACUCAGUCGAGAAUUAGUCAAGCAAAAAGAAGAGGUGAAGUAUUUGCAUAAUAUAAUUUCUGAAUAUGAAUGUACAAUCAGUAACCUGGAAGAAGAAAUUGUACAGCAAAACAAGACUCAUGAAGAAAGGCAAAUGGCUUGGGACCAGAGAGAAGUAGAACUUCAGCGCCAGUUAGACCAGUAUGAUCAUCAACAAACUGAAGUACUUAGUACAACUUUAGAGUUAGAAGAGGCUACAGGCUCAGUUCCAGACCCUAGUUUGCCAAUCCCACAACAACUUGAGUUUGCUUUACGAAAGAUUCAGGAACAUACUCGAACAAUCCUGGAAACUAGGGCAACCUGCAGAUCACUGGAGGAGAAAUUAAAAGAAAAGGAGAUCGCUCUGUGGAAAGCUGAACAAAAUGUUAUAUCAAGAGAAAAGGUUAUAAAUGAAUUAAGACUUCGAUUACCUGCAACAUCAGAAGAGAAAAUAAUGGCUGAAUUAAGCAAACAAGAAGAUUACUCAGAGUACCAUCAUGCCAUUAAAAUUGCUCAUCAAACCAUUGCAAAUAUGCAAGCAAGAUUAAAUCAAAAGGAGGAAGUGUUAAAAAGAUACCAACAUAUGCUUGCUAAAGCAAGAGAGGAACAAGAGGAAAUAGCAAAGAAGCAUGAGGAAGACAUAAGAGUUCUACACCAGAAGUUAGAUUUGUACACUGACAAUUCCCUUAAUAAAUUCAAAGAGACUGCUUUGGAAUUAGGGAAAAAGACUUCUAUGUCCCUAUCCAACAGCAAAUAUUUUCAUCACUUAGAGCAAACUGUAGCAGAACAGGAUAAUUCUCUUGCUUCACUUGUUGGAAAAUUAAAGAAAACAUCAUCUGAUUUGGAGAAACAAAAACAAAUUACUGUACUGAAAAUCAAUGAGUUUGAGACAAUCAGAGCCCAGCUUCAAGAAAAGCACACAGUUGAUAUGGAACAAAUAAAAGAAGAAGCAAAUGAACUGAGGAAAAUAUUAUCUCAGAAGGAGAAGGAAUUAGCAAAUGUUAAAGCUGAACUAGAAGUCCAGAAAGAAGCAAAUAAUAGAGCACCCACAGCAACAAUGAAAAACCUGGUGGAACAGCUGAAGAGCCAGUUGGCCAUAAAAGAGAACCAGCACAAAGCUUUGAGUAAAGCACUUCUAGAACUCCGAGCAGAAAUGACUGCCAAUGCUGAACAGCAAAUUAUUUCUGCUGCAUCACAAAAAGAGGCUUAUAUGAAUGUCCAGGAGAUUGUUGACAGAGAAACAAAGGGGCUUACGACACAGAUAGAGGAAUUGAAUAAUCAGAUUACAAAACUUACAGAUAACCUUAAAAUAAGUAAAAACAAGGAAACUUCGUUGACUGAUGAAAGAGAUGGGUUAAACCAAGAGCUUCAGAAAAAAGAAAAAGCCUUUGCUAAAAUAUCGAAGGAAAAAAAUGAAAUAGAAAAAGAAAAUGAAGAACUGAAGAACCGGAUUAGGAGGCUAAGCAGUAGCAUUCAGAGCAAAGCUGAUGAACACAAUCUGAUAGAUGUGCUACAGAAAAAAAUUAAAAAGUUGGAAAGUGAACUUGAGAAAAAGUGUGAAGAAACAGAAAAAAAGAGUCUAAGAGAAGAGAAGACCUCCAAGGAAGAAAUAAUUAGAUGGGAUGAGGGUAAAAAAUGGCAAAUCAAAAUGGAAGGAUUGCGGAACAAACUAAAAGAAAAGGAAAAAGAAGCAGAUGCUUUCUCCAAACAGCUGAAUACAUUGAAGGAAAUUUAUACAAAGACUGAAAAAGAGAAAAUUGCUCUACAGAAGAAACUGAAAACUACUGGUGUCACUGUUGACCGUGUUGUUGGAGUAAGAGCCACAGAAACUGAAAAAGAAGUGGAAGAACUCAGAAAACAGAAUCUAGAGUUAGAAAAUGAAGUUGCACACAUGAGAACACUGCAAGCAAUCCCACGAGACUCUGUUGUAGAAGAUUUGCACUUCAAAAAUCAGUAUCUCCAGGAAAAGCUUCAUGCAUUGCAGAGACAAUGUUCAAGAGACACAUUUUUGAGACCCUUGAGUACAUGUGACCAAACUGAACUGACCAAGUCUGUUCCUAUCACUGUCAGUAAACAAAAGUAUCUGAAUUUCCUUCGCAAGAAAUCUAUUUCAAAUAGGGAUGAAAUCAAAUAUCAGACUAAUAAUAGAGUUACUGAUGGCAGUGAAGUAGAUGAGGACACACACAUGCAAACAUGCAUCAUUCAUAAUGAAGGCCAGGAGGCUGCUGCAGAUGUAAGCAGAGAAGUGUCUCCUGAACAGCACCCUGAAGACAGUGAGCAAUACAAGGAUACAGAUAAUUCUAGGGAAGGACUGAAAACCAAAAUGAUAGCUGAAGCUGGUAAAGAGAACUGCAGUGAAAAAGAAGAAAAUAUAACCCAACCUGAAAAUGGAAAAGUUAAUGAGAAAUGUGGAGAAGAAGAGAGGAAGCAAGAAAUCUUCAAGCAAUCAAAUGUGGAUGAAGAAGAAUGUGUAGAAGAGCCUGCUACUGACAAAAUGAGCUGCAAUCAGUCUGAUUUCGGGGAACCCCCUAAUCAAGCUAAUGACUGUGAAGCAGAGAAAAGAAAUAAGAAUAAUGAAAUUAAUCAACACACUUCAGAGAAUAAACAGGAAGAUGACCAAAUCAGUACAGAAGGGGUUGAAACUACCCCAGAAUUUUGUGAAAUGCCCGAGACAUCAGGAACAGGAUCAAAUGAUCAGUAUCGAAGAGAACAAGAAGUUUUAAAGGAAAAUUUAAGAUUGUCUUCUGAAAAUAUUGAGCUAAGAUUCCAACUAGAGCAGGCCAAUAAAGAUUUGCCAAGACUAAAGAACCAAGUAGAUGACUUAAAAGAAAUGUGUGAACUUCUCAAAAAAGAGAAAUCAGAAGCUGAACGAAAGCUGGGCAGCAUUAGAGGGGCUGGUAGAAGUGGAAAGACGGUCCCAGAACUGGAAAAAACAAUUGGUUUGAUGAAAAAGGUUGUAGAGAGAGUCCAAAGAGAAAACGAAGAACUGAAAAAAACUCCAGCUAUGGCUUCUAAUGAGAAAUUACUUGGUCUCGAGCAGGAAAAUGAGAGGCUAAAGUCUGAAAUGGAAAAAAUUAAACUUGAUCUGGAGGGCCAGCUGAGUGUGCGUUAUGAAUCUAAAACCAAAGGAAUGGAAAAACUCAUUACUGAAAAUGAGAGACUGCGUAAAGAACUGAAAAAGGAAGCUGACAGUGGAGAGAAGGUACGAAUAGAGAAGAAUAACUUGGAGAUAUUAAAUGAGAAGUUAAAUGUACAGCUGGAGGAAACCAUUAAGAAGCUAAAUUUGGCUGAGACCCAACUUGAUGGAGCUGACAGCAGAAGCUGGAAGUCCAUUGUAACAAGAAUGCAGGAAACUAAGUUGAAGGAAAUGGAAAUAGAUAUUGCUAAAAAAACCCAAAGCAUUGCUAACCUUAAACGGCUGCUUCAGGAAGCAACAGAACGUGAACACAAAGCUGAUAAAAAUUUGCAAGACCUGAAAGAACAAAUGGAGCAUCUUAAACAUCUUCCUGAAGGUGCGGAGACAGAGCAAAAUAUAAUCAAGGAGCUUCAGCUUUUAAGAUUAACUAAUAAUCGUUUAGAGAAAGAAAAGGCAGAACUAGUGCACCAGAUGGAGAAUUAUAAGAACAAAAGACACACCUCUAAAAAUGAAGGUCCUGCAGCUGGACAUAAUGAAACUGCAGAGGAUAAAACUGAAAAACUAACGACAGAAUUAGAUGACCUCCGGUCACAGCUGCACGUUUCAGAGCUUGAAAAACAGCAAUUAAAGGAAGAGACAAAAGAGCUGAGAAGAGAACUAGAAACCUAUAACCCUUCCUUUUUUGAAGAACUGGAGGAUCUAAAAUAUAACUACAAGGAAGAAGUAAAAAAAAAUAUUAUCUUAGAAGAGAGAUUGAAGCAGCUUUAUGCAGAGUUUGGCAUUGAAGAUAGCCCAGGUAACAUUUCUGUAGAUUAGGGUAGUGUUCAGUAUCCUCAUCAUUGAUGCAAUAAAUAAAUUCAUCUGUGUUUAUCUUGGAAUUAUACAAGUCUGUUAAAGUUAUGUUAGUUUGCAUGCACUUAAAGAGUGCAGAAUUGGCUUAUUCAACAGGUAAAGGCCAGUAUUUAUAUACAACAGGCAAAACAGGAGUUUUAUCUCUCUCAGCUCCUGUGCAAUAAUAUAUUUUAAUUUAGAACAGUUAAUUUGGGUAAUAAGAUGUCAGGUGAAAUUGAAAUCUUGGGCUUCUGUUAAAAGUUAAUAAACCUUUAAGCUGUCAGCAUACUAAGUAUGCUAAGUCCCAGAUGAGUAAGAAUGUGUGAUUUGCUCUUGUUGUCUUGUGCAACCAUAAUGUUUAACUCUGAACUCGGGGUCAGUAUGCUUGAUGUAUGUUCUUACAUCCCUGCUUAUUUUUACCUCAAUGUUGAAAAAUGCAAGAACAAAGAACUGAAAAUGAAGCUAUAGUAUUUCACCCAAACCACUGGUAUUUUUGUACAUAGUUGAUUUUUCAUUUUGUUUAUUUUAUAUUGCUGUAUUUAUACUUUUAUAGCAGAGAUGAAAUAAAGCCAACUCAAAUGAUCA